AUGAACCCUCCUGAUUUGUGUCCAAUAUGUUUGGACGAUCUCCCCCAUCCAGACCAGAUCAUCGUGCGGGAAACCAGAUCCGCGCAACAUCUCGCCCGCACAGUGCCCUGUCACCACUAUUACCAUGGAUUUUGCAUCAAUGAAUGGGCUCAGAAGGCAAAUUCGUGUCCGCAGUGUCGGGCAACUUUUACCGACAUCGAGCUCAUCUCUGACAACAGCGUGUACCAGUCCACCGCGGUGGCGGACAGAAAACAGACUCCUGAGCCGCUCGAGCCGGUUGUGGAGAACACAUCUCUGCACCAGCACUCCCACCUCGAUAACCAGCUAUGCUGUCUGUGCGACCGAUCAGGCACGGGGGCGUUUGCGAUCUGUCGCGAGUGCUCGAGCGGCUAUCACACGGCGUGUCUGGGGGUGCUUGAAGGCGCGCAAUUCCACUGUCCUGUGUGCGACUCUUUGCAGGACGCGGGAAGCGUGAUCCCGUCUCGUGGGGGCAGACGGGGGCAGACUUUUUUGCAAAGCGUGCGACGCCAGAUCAGAAACGGGCGUCAGAGGCAAUUGGGGGUGUUUGUAUCCAGAGACGAGCCCGACUACGUUGCUCUUGUGGAUGAGCAGCGGCGGCAGCAGACGGUCACAUCGGAGGACAUUGCCGUCCCGCAAGCGGCAGCUGUCUGCGGCGGCGCUGGCCGAGCACAACAAGCUGCUGGGCGACCGCGUGCGAGAAGAGACGCCGUUUGUGCUGAGCUUUACGCUCAAAUCGCUUAUCCAGGCCCUUCUGCUACGACCAAAGCUGAAACGGCUGGGAUUGUCUGCUACCAAGUAUACACAGGUGAACAGGGAGGUGUCGCGCCACCUGUACGGGCUUGUUUCCGGCCGCGUGGAGUACGUUGUGUGGCUGAACAAGGUUGCAGAGCUGGUGGAGCGCGAGGGCGUGGAGAAACGACGGUACGCCGAUUUUGUGCAGCGUCUGAAUGA